UCUUCCCCAGAUUUUAACUUGGUUUGAAAAUGAGCAAGCGCAGGAAGCUGCCAGUUCGGCAGUCAGCGGGUUCUGAGACCUUCAGCCCAGAGGUUCUCACUGAUGUUUUUGAGCUCUUUGCCAAGAGCUUCUCAUACUGUAAGCCCCUUGACAGUGAGUGGCAGUUACCAGCUCCCACUGAGGUUUUCACCUGUGACCACACGGAGUCCAGUGCCUUUCUUGACUUGAAGAGCUCCCUGAACGCAGUGAAGAGCCUCCUGAGUGACAAGAGGCUGGAUGAGUGGCACAGGCACACGGCUUUCACCAACAAGGCAGGGAAAAUCAUGUCUCACGUGAAAAGGGCCGUGAACGCGGAACUCUGCACGCAAGCCUGGUGCAAAUUCCAGGAGAUUCUGUGCAGUUUCCCGCUUAUCCCACAGGAAGCUUUUCAGGAUGGAAGGCUGACUUCUCUGCACCUAUGUGAAGCUCCAGGGGCUUUCAUAGCCAGCCUCAACCAUUACUUAAAAUCCCACCGCUUCCCCUGUGAGUGGAGUUGGGUAGCUAAUACCCUGAACCCGUACCAUGAAGCAAACGACAAUCUCAGGAUGAUUAUGGACGACCGGCUGAUUGCAAAUACCUUGCACCAGUGGUACUUUGGCCCAGAUAACACUGGUGAUAUCAUGACCCUGAAAUAUCUGAUGGGCCUUCAGGAUCUCCUCAGCAACAUGCCUGCUGUUCACUUGGUCACUGCCGAUGGGAGCUUUGAUUGCCAAGGAAACCCGGGUGAACAGGAGGCUUUAGUCUCUUCUCUGCAUUACUGUGAAGUCGUCACUGCUCUGACCACUCUUGGAAAUGGUGGCUCUUUUGUUCUAAAGAUGUUUACAUUGUUUGAACAUUGCUCUGUAAACCUCAUGUACCUGCUAAAUUGCUCUUUUGACCAAGUACAUGUUUUCAAACCUGCCACUAGCAAGGCAGGGAACUCAGAAGUCUAUGUCGUGUGUCUCUGCUAUAAGGGAAGAGAGGCGGUUCAGCCUUUGUUAUCUAGGAUGGAGGCGAAUUUUGGCACUGAGAUGACCAGGAAAGCACUGUUUCCCCAUCAUGUGAUCCCCAAAUCUUUUUUUGAGCAACACAAAGAAUGCUGUACAUUCUUUCACAGAUUCCAGUUAGAGACUAUUUCUGAGAACAUCCGUCUUUUUGAGUGCAUGGGAAAGGGGGAACAGGAAAAAUUGAAUAAUUUAAGGGAUUGUGCAGUGCAAUAUUUUAUGCAAAAAUUUCAACUGAAGUCUCUUUCUAGAAAUCACUGGCUUGUUAAAAGAUCCAAUAUUGGUUGUAGUACCAACACGAAAUGGUUUGGACAGAGGAACAAGUAUUUUAAAACCUACAAUGAACGUAAGAUGCUGGAAACCCUUUCAUGGGAAGAUAAAGUAGCCAACGGGUACUUCAAUAGGUGGGUGGAGGAGCACGCUGUCUAUCAUCCUGGGCAAAAUUCCCUCUUAGAAGGGACGGCUUCCAAUCUUGAGUGCCACUUAUGGCAGAUUUUAGAAGGAAAGAAACUGCCCAAGGUGAAGUGUUCUCCUUUCUGCGAUGGUGAUAUUUUAAAGACUCUUAAUGAAGCCAUUGAAAAGUCCUUAGGAGAAGCUUUGAAUUCGGAUUCCAGGUUCGCUCCCAAGCAGCAGUACUGCUGUUGUCACAUUUUCUCGGAAGAAUUGAUACUUUCCGAGUUAUUUAGCCUUGCCAAGUGCCUGCAGGACAUGCAGGCUAUAGAACCCAGCAACCCAACAAAGUGCCUGCUUGUGGGUUCGCCUACUGUCCGCGAUUUCAAAAUGCACACGGCCCUGGAGGUCCAGCUUCUGGAAUCCGUGGAGCUCAUGACUUUCAGCUCUUCAUUGCUUCAUGAUGGUGACCCAGCAUACCAGCAUUUGUUUCUGGACUGCCUCCUACAGUCCCUGAGGGAGCUCCAUGCAGGGGAUGUGAUGGUUUUGCCUGUACUUUCUUGCUUAACAAGAUUUAUGGCUGGCUUGAUCUUUGUCCUCCACAGCUGUUUCAGAUUUGUCACAUUUUCUUGUCCCACGUCCUCUGAGCCCCUCAGAACCUGUGCUGUCCUGCUGUGCAUUGGUUAUCAGAACCUUCCAGAUCCGGUUUUCCAGUAUCUGCAGAAUGUUAAGGAGUUGCUGAGGGCUUUGCUCUGCUCUAAUGCAGCCCAGCAGGUGUUGCAGUUUGUACCAAUGGAGGCGCUCCUUCAGGGGACACUGCUUGACUUCUUGUGGGAUUUGAACACUGCCAUUGCUAAAAGGCAUUUGCAUUUGAUUAUUCAAGGAGAGAGAGACAAAGUCAUCAACAGCCUUGAGUUAUAAAGUUGAACAUCUCAUUGAUGAGAUAUAGGUUUGUGACUUACCGUUUCUGGUUUCAUUUCGCCUGCCCUUUCUAUUUAUUUAAUGUUUUCAUUUUAGAGAAAUGCCAAU